AUGCUCUGCUUUAAGAACAGCAGAGGGCUCCACCUCAGACUCUUCAGCGGCACUGAGGACGGCGAGCCGCAAGCGACACGCGGCUUCGACAGUGUUCAGAACAUGGAGCGUCCCCUGCUUCACGUGGGACCUGACGAGGACGAGGAAAACUGGAGUGCGCCCGUGCCAGCGCCCGUGCCAGCGCCCAUGCUACCGCCCGUGCCAGGGCCCGUGCCAGUGCCCAUGCUACCGCCCAUGCUAGCGCCCAUGCUACCGCCCGUGCCAGCGCCCGUGCUACCGCCCGUGCCAGCGCCCAUGCUACCGCCCAUGCCAGGGCCCGUGCCAGCGCCCAUGCUAGCGCCCGUGCCAGCGCCAAGGUGCAAACGCGCCUCAAGCAACAGGUUCGCCCACUGGCAGCGGCACGAGCUGGAGAGUGUUUUCCAGCAUACUCAUUACAUCACGGCAGACGUAAGGAAACAACUGGCAGCAUCCAUGGGUGUGAGUGAAGCCAAAGUGCAGAACUGGUUUAAGAAGAAGAGAGAACAAUACAGGAAAUAUCAAAAGCCAUAAAUAAAGGCCCAGAGAUGCUCCUCCUGCUAGGCAGACCACAUUACCCUGAUGUCUAUGGAGGGGCCCAGAAGCCAGAUGCAGAUGCUUUUCUUUCUGUUACCAACAACUUAUUAUUAUACU